AGAUACAGUGUGAAACAUUACUAUGGAGUCUUGUCAGUAUUCUGGAACUGGAAUAAUACAGUACGACUCCAUAAUAGUACCUAGUACUCCGUACUGGUACAGGUACACAUCAUCGUGGAGAGCCCAAGCUCGGACUACGGACUCCGUAUCCCAUCCGUCAAAAGCAACAAUGCCAUGAUGUACGCAACAUGGAGUACUCCAGAGUCACUUAAAGAUUCUCCGGCCCCCUCGUUAGCUUCUCUGAGACAUAUUCCUCCACGCUGCCCCUCAUCCGAUUGUUUGCUUUUUCGGCCUUUUUCUACAGCUGAACGUAUUUCUGUUCUUCUUUCUGUUCAACAUUCCAUCCGAAGCACAAAGUACAGUCUUAUUCAAUAUGCCAUCUAACGAAAUUCUUGCACCGUUCUCUCGGACCUUCCGUGUCCUUAUUAUCGGUGGUUCUUAUGGUGGUCUGGCUGCCGCUUUGACCCUAGCCGAUCUUGCCCGUGGGAAGACUGCUCGUUUUAGCUAUAAUAUGGAUGCCAAAGCCCCUCAAGCUCAUCUGCCUAUUCAGAUCACCGUGGUUGAUGAGCGAGAUGGCUACUACCACCUCAUAGGAUCCCCCAAAGCCCUGGCUUGCGAAAAGUUUGCUCCCAAAGCAUGGACCCGGUUCGCAGACAUUCCGGCACUGAAGGCUCCUAACAUGGAGUUCGUCCGGGGAAGCGUCACCUCCGUCGAUCCGGAACGAAAGGUGGCUCAGAUUCUCGGAUUGCAGACUCAGCAGACCCGAUACGAGCAGUAUGACUACCUCAUUGCGGCCUCGGGACUGCGGCGGGUCUUUCCUACCGUCCCUCAGUCUCUGUGCAGGGAUGACUUUUUGAACGAAGCCAAGUUGCACAGGAAGAGCAUUCAGGAUGCGCAAGAGGGCGUGGUUAUUGUUGGUGGAGGUGCUGUCGGCGUGGAAAUGGCCACAGAGAUUAAAGAACUCAAUCCUAACCAAAAGGUAACAUUGGUUCACUCCCGGGACCGUCUACUUUCUGCAGAGCCACUGCCGGAUGACUUCAAGGACCGCGUAUGCGAUGUCCUGCGGGAGACUGGCAUCGAAGUCAUCCUUGGUCAAAGAGUCGUCGACCACAAAGCAAUUGAGACCAGUGACGAGAGACGCACUUGGCACCUCACUCUGGCCAAUGGUACGCAACUCAAGGCCGGACAUAUUCUGAGCGCCAUCUCCAAGUGCGUUCCCACAUCGACGUAUCUGCCACAGGAUGCACUUGACCAAGAAGGCUACGUCCAAAUUCACCCUACAUGUCAAUUCAAAAACAACAUCCCCAACGCAGAACACCACUUCGCCAUCGGUGACCUUGCUUCCUGGCCGGGGAUCAAGCGCUGCGGAGGUGCUAUGCUCCACGGUAACUAUGCCGCUACGAACGCUCACCAACUCAUGCUGUCCGAAUGCAUCGGCAGCAAACCUGAGUUUAUGUCCCUCCAGGUAUCGCCGCCAAUGAUUGGACUCUGUCUGGGUAAGACGGCCGUCACGUACACUAGCAUCGAAGGGACACGAUCGGGCGAAGACCUGAUGGCUUCUAUGUUUGGUGAUGAUAUGGGUAAUACUAUAUGCUGGAACUGGAUGCGGCUCAGUGAGCCAUGCCAGGCAUGA